AUGUCGGUGCUGGCCAAGACUGACUCGGAGGUCAGCAGCCUCAGUCACUCCUCCCCCGGGCGCUCGCCACGCAGAAGCAGCGAGCGUGGCGCAGUUUACUACGUGCAGAGCCCCUCCCGGGACUCCCAUGAUGGCGAGAAGACCACCAACUCCUUCCACUCCAGCCCGAUGGGAUCGCCGCCGCACUCCCACUCCAACUCAUCCCUCGGCCCCCACUCGCGCGAGUCCGCCUCCACCCGGUUCUCCGGCUCGCGGAGCAGCAAGCAACACAACAGUGGACCCCAAAGCAAGGGGUGGAGGCCGUGGAAGGAUCAGUUCGACUCUAUUGAAGAAGAGGGCCUUCUCGAUGAUGACAACGAAAACGAUGGUCUCUCCCGCCGGUGUUACUUUCUCGCUUUCAUCUUCGGCUUCUUUGCACUUUUUACUGUGUUCUCCUUGAUACUAUGGGGUGCGAGUAGGGCACAGAAGCCUGUUAUCACUAUGAAGAGCAUUAGAUUUGAUCAAUUUCUGGUUCAAGCCGGGGAGGAUUUCUCAGGAGUGGCUACCAACAUGGUGUCCAUGAAUUCCACCGUAAAGUUCACAUUCCGCAACACUGCUACAUUUUUCGGCGUCCAUGUCAAAUCAACUUCUCUUGAUCUCUCAUUUUUCGAGCUCACCGUAGCCAGCGGAAUGACAAAUUUUUUUUACCAAUCGAGAAAGAGUCAGAGGCCGAUUACAGUUAAUUUGAUAGGGAACAAAAUUCCACUUUACGGUGGGGGAGCAACUCUGGGAAGCUUGAACGGUGCACCUAUUCAACCACUGACAUUGGCACUGAAGUUCGAGGUGAGAUCGAGGGCUAAUGUUUUGGGAAGAUUGGUGAGGCCUAAGUUCAACAGGAGAGUCGAGUGCACUGUAGUUAUGGAUCCUAAGAAGAUGAACAUGGCCGUUGCCUUGAAGAACAAGUGCACUUACUAG